ACACUACAAAACAGAAAGUACUUUCAUUUCUCCUCCGCGGCUCCUAAACUGUGACGAUGUUUGAAAGUUAGCGACAAAACCGACGUGAAACAUUUGUAAGAUGGCGGAGCCGGGCAGGACUGUGAGAGUGAGCGGUCUGCCCACAGACAUCGAGGAUGACAAGCUGAAAGACCAGCUACUCAUCCACUUCCUCAGAGCCAGGAAUGGAGGAGGGGAAAUCGACUCUGUCAUCAUUGUCAAGGCGACGCCUGCUUCUGCCCUCAUCACCUUUGAGGACAGCAGAGUGGCACAAAGCGUUAUUCAUCAUGGCCAGCACACUCUGGACAUCAAUGGAAAGAAGUAUCAGCUCGCUGUGGCAGAGCACCACGAAAGGCUGGAUCCAGAUCAGGUCGUCCCUCAGUUGUCGGCUACUGUUCGGUACAGACAGCUUCCUGGGGGAAUCAUGGCUGUGACAAACGUUUGCAAGAACCACCGUGAUAUUGACGUAAACUAUGUUGCGACUGAAGACUCCUGCAUCUUAUCUGGUGCCUACUCCAAAGUGCAGGCCAUCUUGUCACAACUACUUGGACAUCAACAAAGCUCGGAAGCAGCGGGAAGUAAAACCACAAGCGAAGCUGCUUCAGGGGUUUCGAAGCAGCAGAAGCCUCCUCCACCGGACCCAGAGCGUCAGCGGACAAAACCAAAUAAGCACAAAGAAAAAAAUCACAUGGACAAACCACCUGUUGAACAUAACUCAAGUUCAGACACAGACCUGCCACCUGAUGGUUAUGACUGGAAGGACACUGGCCAGACAGGAAGUGCAGCUGAGCCUUCCACAUCAGUAGAGGACUUCUCGCUCAUUUUAGAUGCAGACAUGUACCAGUAUUUGAAGAAAAACUGUCAGGAAGAACUCCAGAGUAUACUCACUCAGUAUGAUGUGGAUGUGGCGGAUACGACGACCCAGGGAGUGACCACACUCUUUCUGCAUGCCGCAGCAGACGGGAAGAAGAGGCUGGGCGUCAAUGAGCAGGAACGAUUAAAGAUGGCUAAAAACAAGAUAGGUGCGUUUUACCAGGAGAAGGAGAGUAAGAUACGGCGAGCUCAGGUCCCGAAGGAUAUCCUGCCCUCUAGGACGCAGAUGACAGGAGAGCUGAAGGAGCUGGACAGUAUAAAAUAG